UGGAGCCUUAUAGUCUCCCAUUGGGUGCCCGUCCAGACAGGCGUACUAGACAGAUUACUACCACUACCAGAAUAUAGAAAUCAGUCUGAGGGCGACCGGUGAACCGCCGCAGCUUGGUCCUACCUGUAGCGGCUAAAAUAGCAUUAAUUACUGUGUUCUGGUCAAAUGGAGGCAGCGGUACUGAACCUCGCGAUGAUGACGGAGGUGGACUGCAACAGCAACACCCUGAACGCCGAGCUGGAGGUGAAGAAGCUGCAGGAGCUGGUCCGGAAACUGGAGCGGCAGAACGAGCAGCUGCGGACCCGGGCGAGCGGCUGCAACGGCGGCCCGCAUGUGCUGCCCGCGUCCCCGGCGUACGUGCUCGGCAGCGUCGGGGGAUACUGCCUGCCCAGCCCGCUGCCCACCCUGCUGUGCCAGUCGUCCUUGGGGUCAUUGACGCCCCCGGAGGAGCCUUUCGACUAUUUCCUCCCGCACAUAGACGGGGAUGGAGCGGCUUCUGCGGGGGAGGCUGAGGACGGAUCCGAGCCGUCGGUCCUCGAUGAGCUGGAACUUUUGGACUUGAAUUCUCUGUCCUGCUCAGAUGAACCCGAUGACACAUGGUUGUAUUCGUCAUCAAAAGCCAGUGACUCCACAGAUAACUCCCUCACACCUCUGCAGUGGUGCCGGCAGGCUCUGGACACUCCCAAAUCAGAGGUGGAGGCCGCCAGGCGAUCGCUGUCCCUUCGACUGGAACAAGCACCACCCAAGAUCAUUGCCCUGUUUAAGUUGCUUUAUAGUAACGCACAGAGCUGUGUCCGUAUUAACGGCAGAGACUCAGACUGGUUUCCCAUCUCCAGCAGCGUUCGACAGGGCUGUGUGGCUGCUCCUGACCUUUUCAACUGCAUCAUUGACCAUCUGAUGUCUAGGGUUUGUGAGCGGGUCCCCGGAGUGGCCUUCGGCAGUUAUUAUCUGACUGACCUGGAAUACGCUGACGACACCAUCCUGCUCAGCACGUCCCUCAGCCAGCUGAGAGGCGCUCUGGGCAUAUACAUUGAAGAGGCUGAGAAGCUUGGCCUCCAGGUGAGCUGGACAAAAACCAAGUUCAUGUAUGUUGGUGACGGACCAUAUCCAAUUCCCCUGCGGUUUGGCAACGAUACUGUAGAACCCGUCAGCAGUUUUGUGUAUCUGGGAUCCCUAGUGACAAACAACGGGGACCUAAAACCAGAGAUUACCCGCAGAAGAGCCCUGGCUGCGUCAGCUCUGCAGUCUCUCUGGAAACCACUCUGGCGGCACCAUACCAUCUCACGCAGGAUGAAGCUCCGGAUUUAUAACUUAGCAGUACUCCCCAUCCUGCUCUAUGGCUCCGAGACCUGGCCUUUAAAUAAGACACUGGCUGCAAGACUAGAUGGCUUUGACAGCAGGGCCCUCAGGACCAUAGAGAACAUCCGGUGGCCCCAGCGGGUUUCCAAUCAAGUGCUUAGAGCCCACAUAGAGCUGCAGGCUGGAAACGACCACGAGGUAAACCCCGCACCCGAUGGCUCGACGUCCUCACGGGUGACCUCCAACAACACGGAGUUGCUGUGGACGAUGCAGAGCAGCUGGCUCAAGAUAGUCAGCACUGGAAACAACUGGUUCAUCUGGUCAGCUCAACGCACAAGGAUGGGACGUCUAAGGCAGGACUACGCCAGCACGUCGUCCAUCCUGGCCAGCCGCCGCAGCCAGAGCUUCACCUUCCAGCUCAGCCAGCUCAGCGCCGGCCCCGACCUGGAGGAGGAAGACGAGGAGGACGACGAAGACUACGGCCUCCUGCCCCCGCCGCAGCCACGCCUCACCCGCCUGCCACACUCCCACACUUUCUCCAGCAUCCGAGACUGGCGAAGAAGCACAAGUUCCCUCUCCACCCCUCCUUCCACCCCCUCCACUCCUCCGUACCUUUCCGCUGGGUUCGCCUUUCAACAUCAGCCCCAGGGACUGGGACUGGGCAGCCCCUGCGCAGCCGAGCAGCAGGGCUUCAGACCAGGAUCAGCCGAAUAUGAGAAUAAGCUGCGGAGGAGCAUGCCUAACCUUGUCAGAGCUCCCAGCAUGCCUAGUGUGCCCAUUCCAACCAAUCCUAGUGCUUCCCAUUCUUUGCUUCGUAACAGCCAGAGUUUUGAUUCGUCCAGUGGGCUGGCUCGACUGCACUCCUCCAUCCCCUCCCCAGGUCAGCUGCAGAACAGGGUCCACAGCGUCGGGAAUUUCGCCUCGUUGUCGCGGCAACCAUUGAAGGCCACCGCCUACGUCAGUCCCACCAUCAAGGGCUCGCCCUCAAUGCCGACCUCCAACAGCCUCCAGUCUCUGAACAGCGGGGAUAACAACGGGGUCGGCAGUGGCAUCCCACUGCCCAGUAAACCGGCUGGCGGGGGGGGGAUGCCCACUUCCACCCCAAACACUCCCCGCAGCAGCCUGCCCCGCCCCGCCUCCUUUGUUGGCACCACAAGCUCCACCCCCCGCAGCAAGGUGGCCCAACCAGCACGAAGUUUACUGACACCUCCAAAGAGCUUGUCCACCCUCAGUGCCCUUCGUGACAGCAACUGGAGAGACGGCUGCUACUGAUGAAUGGAUGAGCUGGCGCAGUAGCGCAGUGGCACCCCGCUGGCUGGGGUAACUCGCUACACCUCAACAUAAAAGGUUUUCCAAGGGGACAUUUGAAUGGGUUUGACCAAAAAUGAACUGUUAAGUUGACCUUAAAUCUGAGAUCCUGCAUUGAAUAGUUCACUGUCAUCCCAAAGGGACUACAGCUGAACUGAUCUCUCCUGUCAUCCAUUCAGUUCUAUGCAGAAUUUCUUCGGGGAAGGUGGGUUGUUGGUUCGUGCCAAGGGGGAGUCGUUCCCUGUUGCUCUUGUGCAAUAAACCAUUGUGACUGUAGGGUUCAAUUAAUACUAACCUGCUAAAGAGGGCUGCCAGUUUUUAUGAAAAGAGCAUCACAAUACUGUAUGUAUUUAUUUAUUUAUAUAUUUAUUUUGAAUAAAAGUUUUUUUGACUAAUCAGGUGUUUUCUCUCUGGCAACAAGCGCCAAUGAUGCUGCUAAAAUUGAGUGAGUCCCUGUUAGUUUGGGCACAUUUGGUAAGAUUUUUUACAGGCAAGAUAUUUAAGUAUCUGUGUACAAAGCUAACUACUAAGUGUGCAUACAUAUAUAUUGAUGCAAUAUUGUUGAAUUUUAAAUGGGAAUCUUGACCAAAAUGAAAAUGUCUGAAUGUGUUUACAAAAUUGUCUCACUAUGGCGUCACAAAACUUUGUGAAUAUUAACACUUCAAAAUUGUUUAAUGACCUGUAAGAGAUCUGUUCUUGUUGCACUUUGUAUAAAUCUCUGAACUUACUGAUAUUUGUAUGUUCUGUUUACUAAUGUUUGCACUUCUUUUACAUUUGAUCUUCUGGAUUUCGGGGAAAGAAUGUUAAUUCAAUGUUUUGGGGAGAUUUCACAGUUCCACACGGCAUAAUGUAGCACCUUUUGUUUGUAAUAUUGGACUUGUGUUUUUAAUUGACAGUGACCAUGGCACAUUUCACACAAACCCAACACUUUUGUUACUGUGAUUGACUGAAUGAGUGAAGCAUUUUAAUAAAACACACCAAACUAAA